AUGGCGGACCAGCAGUACCCUGUCCCUCGGAAACUAUGGGAGCACCCCGAUCCCAAGAGCACGACGAUGUGGAAGUUCUGGAAAAGCUUGGAGAAGGCCUAUGGCGAGAAAUUUCCUGAUUAUGACGCUCUCUAUAAGUUCUCUGUCACUCGGCGAUCCGACUUCUGGCGACAUGUGAUGGGUUACUUUCCAAUCGUCUACAGUGGCAAGGUUCCAAACCCCGUCGUUGACGAAUCGGCCCGGAUGGAUUCUAUCCCACGAUGGUUCACUGGCGUGAAGAUAAAUCUCGCCCAGAAUAUUCUCUUCUCCGGCGACGCAAAUGGAACUCCGUUCAUCGGCUCAGCGAAAGCAAAUGACAAGAUCGCCGCAAUUGAAGUUCGAGAGGGCAGUUUUCUUGAGCCAAUACAUCGCAUAACGUGGAGAGAGUUACGAGAACGGGUUGGCAGACUAUCCCAAGCCAUGCGAGCUCAUGGGGUCAAGAAAGGCGAUCGUAUUGCAUUGGUAGCCAGCACGAGUAUCGAUACUUUGACCACCUUCCUUGCCACGGCGACAUUGGGAGCUCUCUUCAGCUCCAGCAGCACCGACAUGGGUGUCAAGGGGAUCCUCGACCGAUUGACACAGAUUAAACCCAAAUUCCUGUUCAUGGACGACUGGGCGGUUUACAAUGGCAAGAAGGUUGAUCUGCGGCCCAAGAUGAAGCAAGUCAUGGAGGGCAUGGUCGGGAUUGAAGGAUUCGAGGGCAUCGUCAGUCAGAUCCGCUUUUCACAUUCACCGGCCGACAUCUCGUCCGUGCCAAGCGCGCAAACCUGGACGACCUUCAUCUCUGCCGCCAAAUCGACCGUGCUGGAAUUCGAGCAAUGCGAGUUCGCCGAUCCCUUCCUGGUCGUGUAUUCGUCCGGGACGACGGGUCAGCCAAAAUGCAUUGUUCAUGCGAUUGGCGGCGUGGUCAUCUCCGCCCAUAAGGAGUUCACGCUACACCGUGACCUUGGCCCAGAUUCUCGACAGCUGCAGUAUACGACAACAGGGUGGAUUAUGUAUCUGUCUAGUGUGCAGGCCUUGCUUGUGGGUAGUUCGAUUGUUAUCUAUGAUGGCAGCCCAUUUACACCAAACCUCACGAAUUUCCUCGAACUGGUGAGCCAGGAGAAAGUCACACAUCUGGGUAUCAGUCCACGGUAUCUACAGACACUGGAAGGUGCUGGCGUCAUUCCCAAGAAGGUCGCCGACUUGAGCCAUUUGAAAGUCGUGACGAGUACCGGUAUGGUGCUCUCGGACAAAUUGUUCGAAUGGGUUUAUGAUGAGGCAUUCUCUCCGAGCAUACAAUUGGACAACAUCUCUGGAGGCACCGACCUCGCGGCGUGUUUCGGGACAGGGAACCCGGUCGUACCUUUAUAUGUCGGUGGCUGCCAGAGUCUGUCGCUCGGUGUCCCAGUGGCGGUGUACGACCAGACAAUCGAAGGCGGAAAGGGGGUCAAAGGAGUCGAACUGCCCAUCGGGGAAGCUGGAGAGCUGGUCGCUUACCAGGCUUUCCCGACCAUGCCGGUCACGUUCCUUGGGGACAAUGGGCCACAGCGGUACUUCGACAGUUACUUUGCCCGGUUCGACAACGUCUGGACACACGGCGACUUCAUCUCGAUCCAUCCUAUCACCAAGCAGAUUAUGUUCCUCGGCCGUGCAGACGGUGUCUUGAACCCCAGCGGUGUGCGAUUUGGCUCGGCAGAGAUCUACAGCAUCAUCGAAGCCAAAUUCGCCGACAAGAUCGCCGACAGUAUCUGUGUGGGUCAGAGGCGACCUACAGACCAGGAUGAAAGGGUCGUAUUGUUCUUGCUGAUGAAGCCUGGCCAUCAAUUCACGCCCCAGCUCAUCAGGGAGGUCAAAGACGCCAUUAGGAGGGAAACCAGCCCCAGACACGUGCCGAAGUUCGUGUUCGAGACCAAGGAGAUUCCCACGACCGUGAACCUGAAGAAGGUCGAAUUGCCUGUGAAACAGAUUGUGUCGGGCAAGAUUAUCAAACCGUCCGGAACGCUGGCAAAUCCCCAGAGUCUGGAGUAUUAUUAUCAAUUCGCCAAGGAUGAGAAUCUGGUGGAGUUGUCGGAUCCUAAGGCGAAGCUGUAG